CAGUGUGUUGACAGUCUCCCAGCCGAUAGUGUGAUCUCCCCCCGCGGUCCUACACCCCGUCCGAUACACCCCACUACCCUCCUAUCGUUUGGGUGUACCGAAACCUCGUCCUUGUGUAUUAUCUACGGUCUUUACCACCGAUAAUUGGACUGUGUAAAUCAACGUGUGAACCGUGAAGAGAGUGAUGGGGGGAGGUGUGUGUUGUGGGUGAGAGUCACAGCUCUGGGUGGUCACCAUGUUGGAGGUGUUGGUGUUAGGGCUGGUGGGCCUCACCUACACCUGCGUCCACACCCUCUUCUUCCUCAACUGCCUCAACUCCCGCAGGAGGGAACGAAGGAGGCUGGAGAAAGUGUAUAGAGACAGUAUACGUAAGAUUAAAGGAAGUGUUGGUGACGUGAGAAAGAGCAAAAAGGAGAAUGAAAAGGAAGUUCACACUAAAACCUCGAAAGAAAAUGGGAUUUGUGUUCAAGAAGAAAAUGAGAAACGGGUCGACGACAAUAACAAGAAUGUUAUAGAAGAGAGUUGUGAGGGCCAUUUAGUGACACGACUUGUGGUUAAGAGUGGGAAAGAGACUUUACCUACUUCCCAGGAAGAGCUCACAAGCUCACACUGCGUCCGAGUGCAAAAUGCCAUUUUGCAGCUCAACGAUCAAGCCGUGGAAGACAAGCAUGACCUUGCAACUGCUCCGGACGGUCCUCCCUCACACCACAAGAAUGAAGUCAGCCUCACUAUACACGACAAUAGCUGUUCGACGCUGACUGUGGACGCAACUGGUCCUGAGUCUCCCUACGGCUACACCAUUACUGUCAACAGCAACAUGAUUGAGGUUCGGGAAGAUGGAGAGCCGGCGCUGCAAUACACAGACCCACAUUACGAGUCCCUGGAGGGCGACCCGCACUCCAUCCUGACACAAGUGACGACACUGUGUGACGAUAGUGAUGGCCGCCACGAGUCUCUUCAAAGAACCACAGAUGUGUUUCGGGAAGUACAGGAAACACGUCUCAGCAUUGAAGACAGCUGCAGCGCUGAAGAUGAGCUGGACGAGACAUACCGGAAGUUGUCCAGACUACCUGGUGUUAGGGACGAUAUCAACCUCGUCACUACCAUCUCCCAGAUCCUGCAGAGUCCUCCAGAGUCUAUGGAACCAGGAAGUGAAAAUCAGCCUAUGGAAGUCCUCACUACCAUUCCAGGGCUCACUCCGACAGACACCAACGCCACUGUCAUUGGACAAAGUCAUUUACCAGUCGGUGAGGCCGGUGAAUGUGGGGACUGGAGGGUGACUGCCAGGUGUGGAGAUCCUCUCUUGAAGGGAGAUUCGACGAACCAUCAUGGAGAGAGUUGCAAGAGAAGUGACCGUGACGCAGUAAACCGUAUAUGGCAUCCUCGGAGUGAGGCAGCGUCGGGUAGCCAUCAGGGGACGUGGACGCUGCCCAGGGCAGGACGCCGGGGUCCUGACGCCCACGGUUCCUUGCCCAGACUACAUGGAAGAAUGUGUAUCAGCCGGAAGGAGGGUAAGUCUGCCCCUGGCGGCCACACACUCCCUCGCCCCGCCGCCGGCCACUCCGCCAGGCGUGACGAGGCGCGGGAGGGAGGAAACCUGGACCAAGCCCACACCCUCAACACCUGCCAUUCACGCCCAGCCAUGGCCGGGGCUGCUACCACGCCGCCACACACCGCGCACUACACCAUCACCAACGACGACAACAACGCCGGGAUUAACAACGAAAUUUUGAGUAGUGACAACAGCGGCUCCAUCACCACCGCCGGUGACCUAGAGGUGAUAUCCGUCCACAGUGAAGAUCAUACUGACAGUGAAGGCUCAGGCGAUUCCUUGUAUUUCACUGCCAGUGAUCAUACCAACAGUGAUGUUAACAGUUACCUGAGAGGUGACGGUGACGAAGCCUUUGAGGCCACAAUAUAUGAAACAAUUGAAACCCCAAAUAUCCAACAUAUAGAAAACUCACAAUCAGUGACUAUAACACUCACAGCUUCGAACCAGACUGAUACUGCUUCAAAACACGAGAGUGACGAACACUGUGACACUGAUGAGUCUGCUUCAUACGCUUAUGAUUGUAAUAUUUACGAGGAGAUUAAAGGUGAUUCGGAAUUAUCAAGCGAGCAGACGUCAAAGGAAUGUUCCGAGUCACAGGAGGACGCCGACAGUGUUGGCUCCGGAUCCCAGUAUGGGAACAUAUCCGAAUCCGACACCCAUGCCGACUCCGGAUACGAAUCACCAGUGAAGGCAGACAUACACAGCAGUGACGAGACGGCCUCGACAGCCAGCAGCUCCUCACAGGACCACCACUAUGAGGACAUCGACCCUUCUCUCAUGGCCAGGGCCGCCAAUGGAGAAGGACGCACUAGGGAGUCCUCUCGUCGCGGGCGCUCCCUCAAGGAAACCAACCGUAGGGAGUCCUCUAGGGGCGCCAAGGACGAGGGGAGUGGAGAGGCGGCGCGACACAGACAACGCCUCCAGGGACUCGACGACUUGAUCGCUGGAGUUCCCCCGCCUGACUACGACGACCGAGGGGCGCCACUGAACAACGAAUCAGCCAGACCUGACGUUGGUGCCAGUGGACAGCAGGGUAGUAACAUCCCUCCACCACCCGAAUUCGGUGACGGCAGCGGCAGAAAUGUUAAUGGUGAGGCUUCAGGGCGCCGCCAACUGCACUCGACGCUCUCGGUGCCUCCCUUAUCCUCCAGCGGCUGCUUCCAGCACCUGGCCCGAGCACCUCUCUCCCGCACCAACUCGGAGCCCCCGCCGCCCCCUCCACCCCCCAUGCCAGCCGCCACUCCCUCGCCCAGGACCUCCCCCUCGACCUCCCACAGGUCUACUGAGGAGGUAGAUAAUGCUUCACCAGUGUCCUCCAAGCCGUCCUCCCCAAGGUCCACACACACACCAUUCGAGGAGAGGGAUGAUGACGAAGGCCCCAGUGAAGAGGGCGUCGUGAGGCCGUCAGAUUUCAUUAGAAGAAGCUCUCAGAGGAGUGAGAAUGGAUCUAUGAGAGGGCACAAGAAAGUGGACCGACCUGUGUCUCUGCCACUGGAUGAUGGCGACCACUAUGGCAAAAUUUUGACUGAUGGAAGAGAUCGAGACUCUCUUGGUUCAAAUGAGGAGCUUAGCCAGUCUCCUCAUGCAGGAAAAGCACAUCUUAUAAAUGGUAAAACUCUGCCAUUCAUCCCUCCUAAGUUCCCAACACAGCCAUCGUCAGACUCAGGUCUCAUCAAGCCCUCUGAGUACCUUCGCUCUUUGGGCGGGAGCAUUAGUCGAUCUCCCUCAAAUGGUGAUAGCAAGUCACUGCAUGGGUCACCACAUGGGAGUGACAGCUCAUCACAUUCUUUUGAUAGUCCAGAUAACACUAUCAAUACUUCCCCACACACAUCAUUACCCCCAGGACCUCUGCCAGCAAUCCCCGAGUCUACUGAAGAAGAACCAACCAAGGUUAUGGUUAAUGCACCUCCACCUCCCCCAGCUCCCCCUGCACCUCCAGCAUCAUCUACAAACACAAUGCCCAGCAGAAACAACACUCUUAACAACAACAACAACAACAAUGGCAGCAAGACAGUCUUACCCACAAUUAGCGUCACAGACCUACAGAGCGUCCAGCUGAGGAAGAUAGAAACCAAGGUCGUAAAACCUACCUCUGGUUCUCUCCGAAUGUCGCUUACACCUGAACCAUCUUUUACAACUGCCAAGAAUGAUGUUAUCGCUGAACUGAAGAUGGGUGUUGAUAUUCCCGGCAUCAAGAAACUUAAAUCAGAACGCGCUAAGGAGGAAGAAAUUCAUGUUAAACUUGAAGAAAAGCAAAUAAACCGCCAAUUCUCUGCCACAAACUUUGUGGAUCAGGUGCCUGAGGUGGACAAUGCAGGAAAUCGGAUCCCAGAAUGGAAGCGCCAAAUGCUCGCCCGGAAGGCUGCAGAGAAGGCCAAAAAAGAAGCCGAGGAGAUGAGGCUACAGGAGGCUGAAGAGAAGCGUCUACAGUCCAUCCCUCCUUGGAAAAGACAACUAAUGAUGCGAAAGGACGAUGACGGCAGCAAGCGAGGCACUUUAUACAUACCGAAGGUUGAAGAGGUGAAGAAGAUAAAAGUGGUGCAUUCUCCCCAAGAAAUAACUAAGGUGAUAAAGAAGGACUCUGAGAAAGAGAACACAAAACCACUGGGGACUCACAGAUCACCUCACAAUGGUGUUUCCGUCCCACUUAAAGGGUCUUCUUCUAAGCCAGUUAAUUCUUCAAACACCUCAGCCCAAACUCCUGAGGACUCGAGACAAGAUGACAGUGAUGAGGAGCCUCGUAUGCCUUGGCGUACCAACCUUCGUAAGACAAAUAGUAAACUAAGUUUACUAGACUAAUACAGUAAUAUAUAUAUAUAUAUA